AUGCCUGAUUUAGAACUCAUAAAUGGAAGUGAUGGUGUCGGAGAAGCGGUACGCGCCUCGGUAACUAAUCUCCGUACCGCAGGCUCUACUACGAUACAAGUUGAUGCCGUGACAAAUUGGCCGGCUAAAUUUAUUGCCACCGCUGGCUCUCUGUUAUCAGACGGUACGCUAGACCCCUCUACAGCUCUUGUAUUUGAGGGUAGUCUAGAUGGUUCAGAUAUAUCUAUAGACGCGAUAGCUCCUGGCUACACGGAUCAGGGCAACACCGUCAGCGAUAUAGUGGUAAUCAAGCCGGCUACUCAUUGGUCUGACAAUUUGCAGGACUUAUUAACUGUUACUCUCGAUACAGACGGCACCCUUAAGACUGACGCGGUAGAUGUUACCGCCGUAUUAGCUGAUGAAGUGGUUACUGGCGCUAAGAUUACUGCUACGGAUGGCUUGUUGAGAAACGCUUACUACUAUACUUAUGACGGUACAGAUAUAUUCAUCAAUGGCGUUGACCAAAAUAACGCAUCUAAUGCUAUUACAUGGACGAAGCCAUCAGGACUCAAGUUUAUUGAGGUUGAAGUUCAAGCUGGUGGCGGUGGCGUUGGUCUAGCGGGUUCAACUGUUGGCGGUGAAGCAUCGGAAGCAUCUGGUGGCGGGGGCGGUGAAUACGCGAAGAUUAAGAUAGCAGCGGCAUCUCUUGGCUCAACAGAGACAGUAACCGUUGGAGCUGGUGGAGCUGCAGGAACUUCUACGAAUAAUGGUGGUACAGGUGGCACAAGUAGCCUUGGGACGCUCGUUACUGCUGUUGGCGGUAGCGGCGGUCAAUAUAUGGCAGGUGCAUCAGGUAGUUUGUAUAACCUCGGUGGUCUUGGCGGAAGUGGCGGUACGGGCACAGCUAACUUACGCAUCCGCGGUGAUGACGGUGGGGCAGCGAGUGUUAGUGGUGGUACAACCUUCGGUUAUGGACGAAAAUCAUUUGGCGGCGGCUCACAUCUUGGUAGUUCUGUCUUUCCGACUGGUAGCGCAUCAGAGUCAAACUCUGUUGUUGGACGCGCUUAUGGAGGCGGUGCUGCGGGAGGUAGGAAUCCUGCAUCUACUAGCGCUAAAGCUGGUCAAAUUGGUGGCGCUGGAAUUGUUAUCAUUAAAGAAUACUUCUAG